AUGGCGUCCGCAAAGCAAUACAAGACGCUGGGCGAGGACCUAUGGAGACAAAACACAGACAAGGUCAAUUCCGAGCUGUUUACCCUCACUUAUGGCGCGCUCGUCGUCCAGCUAAUCAAAGACUAUGAAGAUUACGAACAGGUGAACAUUCAACUGGAGAAAAUGGGCUACAAUAUUGGGACACGCCUCAUCGAAGACUUCCUUGCGCGGAGUAACUUGCCGCGGUGCACGGAUAUGCGGGACGUCGCAGAAGCUGUCAGCAAGGUCGGUUUCAAGAUGUUCCUCAACAUUGUCCCGACAGUCACCUUUGGUCAAGGUGGCUCAACGGCCCCCGGCCAAAGUGCAGAGGCCAACCCCGGUACGCCUCAGGCGAGCGCGCCGCCGCCCGCAUCCGAUGCUGCUGCCCCUGGCUCCAAAGAGUUCUCGCUCAUCCUGGCGGAGAACCCUCUGGCGGAGUUUGUUGAGCUUCCUCCCGAGGUUCUUCGUGGUGGGCUGUGGUACUCGAAUGUGUUGGCCGGUGUGCUGCGUGGUGCCCUAGAGAUGGUCCAAAUCCAGACGCAAGUGACGUUUGAGUCCGACACACUGCGCGGCGAUGAAACGACCGAGCUCCGCGUGAGGCUCAUCCGCUACUUGGAUGAGGAGGCUCCUCCCGCUGACGACUAG